CUUCUUUUAGGGGUGAGCAGGGAAAGGAGGAUGUGUGUGGCCUGUGGGUAGUUGCUGGUAGCCAAGAUAAGGGUACCAUUUUAUAUCAUGAAACAACAGCCUGUUCUCCCUUUGAGGGGGGCAGCCUUUUUGUGCCCUUCCUUCCUCAAGGAUUCCAAAGAAGGGGUCUCGAAAACCGCCAGUCAUGGUGGAGGCGGAGGCUCUGCUCCUCCCGCCCCUCUGGGCAUCAGGGCACAGCCCGGGGGCUGCCUCUGCCACACAGUCCGCCGUUCUCUGCCAGCACAGGGUCGCCCGGGUUCCUGGGUCCGCCAGCCUCCCUCAUCACCAUGAGCGAGCUCCAGGAGGAGGGCAAGAAUGCCAUCAACUCCCCCCUGACGCCCGCCACGGUGGACAUCCACCCCGAGGACACCCUUCUUGAGGAGAAUGAGGAACGGACGAUGAUCGAUCCCACCUCCAGGGAAGACCCCAAGUUCAAAGAGCUGAACAAGGUUUUAAUUGACUGGAUUAAUGAUGUGCUGGUGGAGGAGAGGAUCAUCGUCAAGCAGCUGGAGGAGGAUCUGUAUGACGGGCAGGUGCUGCAGAAGCUUCUGGAAAAGUUAGCCAAUCGCAAACUGAACGUGGCCGAGGUGACGCAGUCAGAAAUUGGUCAGAAGCAAAAGCUGCAGACCGUCCUGGAGGCGAUAUACGACGUCCUGCGGCCCCACGGCUGGGCCAUCAAAUGGAACGUGGACUCAAUCCACGGGAAGAACCUCGUGGCCAUCCUUCACCUGCUGGUUGCCUUGGCCAUGCACUUCCGAGCUCCGAUCCGGCUCCCUGAGCACGUCUCCGUGCAGGUGGUGGUCGUCAGGAAGCGGGAAGGCUUGCUGCACUCGACCCACGUGGCGGAGGAGCUGACCACCACCACUGAGAUGAUGAUGGGAAGAUUUGAAAGGGACGCCUUCGACACGCUCUUCGACCAUGCCCCGGAUAAGCUCAGCGUGGUGAAGAAGUCUCUAAUCACAUUUGUGAACAAACACCUUAAUAAGUUGAACUUGGAGGUCACAGAGCUGGAGACGCAGUUUGCAGACGGUGUGUACCUGGUUUUGCUCAUGGGUCUGCUGGAAGGAUACUUUGUCCCUCUUCACAACUUCCAUUUAACUCCGGAGAAUUUCGACCAGAAGGUGCAUAAUGUCUCAUUCGCUUUUGAACUCAUGCAAGAUGGAGGACUUAAGAAACCCAAGGCUCGUCCAGAAGAUGUUGUCAACCUGGAUCUCAAGUCUACCCUGAGGGUUUUAUACAACCUGUUCACCAAGUACAAAAACAUCGAGUGAUCCUGGAAGCUGCUGAAAUAGUCACCCCCUGACGCCUUCCUCCCCGAAGGAGAGCCGCCACUCGGUCUCUCCUCUGUGCCUUAUCCUAGUUUGCCCGUCUUCCUGAGACCGCAGGAAUCGUUGCCUCCUCUUCGGAGCCGUUUGACGCUGUCUCCUUGGUGCUAGGGAGCUCUGGAAAUGAUGGGUCCAGAGCCAGGGGCUGGGGCCCCCCCGGCCCGGGAUGCUGGAUCCCCCAUCCUGCUUCGCUCUUGGGACGGAUGACAGGCUCAGACUCUGCCCCCCACGGAGGCCUCGCGGCCUGUUCUAGGACGGAGUGCUCGGUGACCCGAGGUCUGUCCGAGCGCCCUCGUGCACUGUCCAGGCUUUCCGGCUGUUUCCUGCGGGCCAGAAGGUCCUUUAAAACCUGUGCUUUCCAGCAAAAA